AGCAUUUUGACUUACAAAAGAAUUCGUCUGUUUUGUUUAUUCAUUACGUGCGAUGAUUUUAUGUGAUUUAUGCAAUUUAUUGAUAUCAAGUAGAAUUUUCAGUUAUUAAUCCGCUCUGUAUCUUCGGAACAAGAACAAAAGCAUUGCACAGAAAGGUAUAUCGCUCAUCUUAAUCCUAAUUUUUUCCUACCAUACUGAAUUAUCUGGUAAAUCCUAUGGAGGAUUCAGUCAUUUUAUCGACACCGGUGAAUGCUGCUACAGUUGCUGCUGUCCCUCAUGAAGUGGAACCUGUGAAAUUGCUGAAACGUAGCGCUCGACGUUGUCUGUUUGGACGUCCGGAUCCGCAAAAAGUUGAUCAGUGGCUAACGGAAGAGUUAAACGAAAUUCGGCGCGAACAGGAACGCAGAUGGGGUUUCUUGUUCGGUCCUGAAAAUCCAUGCGCAUCAACAGUCACUAGCAAAUGGGAAUUCACUCCUGUUCCGGCCGAAUCGGUUCCUCAGUUCUAUCGCAGUUCCUAUUAUUUGUCCAGUCGAUGCACACCAUGUGAAACUGAGAAUUGCAUGCCUUGUAGCAGCAAUGUAAAUAACAACUGUAAUGUGGAUUCUAUCUCAACUUCUGUAGCGUUCGAUUGCUCAGGUCCAGAAAUACCGGUCCUUCCAGCCACACCAAAUCUAUCGAAAUGCAAAGAACGACGACGUAUAGCUAAGAAGCAGACAAAAUUAACUGCAUUUAUGAAUGUUGAUUCACGUAAGCGGUUGCGCCAGCAGACUAAGAAAUCUCCAUCAUCACCGAAAUCAAUACGUUUGAUCGGUCAAUGCAGAUCGUUCAUAUAGAUUAGUAAUUCAGAAAGGUCAUAGAUGAACGAUAAGGCCGCCAAUGGUGGAGCAAAAACUUUAAAGCUUGAGUGAUAUUACCUUUGAAAAAUGGUAAUAUUACGAAAGGAUUCAUUUCUUCAUGUUUCACAUUGUGCACUGUGGUUCCAAUAUUUCUGUGAUAAUGUUAUAUUAGGAAUUUUUGUCAGACAUGCGGCCGCCUGUUUUUCCUGGGAUCGACAACCUUCGGGAGUUGUGAACAGUACCUUCUGUGGAUAUUUUGACAGGUUUCAUUGUUGUAAUCAAUUACAGGCAAUUAAUGAGCAGUAGGUUCUGCCAAGUAC